AUGUCCGUCGCCUCAGCCCUCCCCCUCCUCUCACCUCUAGUGACUCGCAUCCUCCAACUCUCCGGUUUCCCUCCUCAACUCAAAACUCGCGAUCUCCAACAAGUUUUCGCUGCAUACGAAGAAGAAAAAGGAGGCUACAAGAUUAAAUGGGUCGACGACACCACCGCUCUUAUCAUCUUUGCCGAUCCUGCAGUUGCUAAAAAGGCCUAUCUCCGAACGGUCAUGUCUCCUCCGCCGCAACUUAUUGACGACAACGGAGUCCCAGCAAAAAUCAAACCGUAUGAUGGUGAUGAUGCGAGCGCUAUCAUUUCGAGCCUUAGCAAUCGACAACGGUCUCGUUCGAAUGGAGGGGGGGUUUUGGGUAGUCCGACUAAGCAGCCUGCUGAGCUUGCUACCCCGUCCACACCGGAUAGUCCGGCGAAGAGUUUGAGGGGCCAUCAACAUACGCCUUCUUUCGGCAAAGCAAGGGGUCAUUCGAGACAGCAAAGUGGAAGCAACCCAAACUUACCCCCGAAACCGGUUGCUGCGGCGCUGUUCGAUGCAGCAAACGGUGGACCUUCCCCGGCGAACCGGGUGUUAGCGGGAGUGGAUACAUUAAGUGGGAUUGCUGGCUUACCCGCCAAUCCUGUCGCAGCGGCAAGAAGCGGGCUGAUGCAAGAGGGCGGAAAGAUGAGCAGAGAGAGUAGCAGAGCAAGUGAAAAUGGGCUAGAAGAGGCAUUGAGCGGAUUGGCGCUCGGGAAUAAUGCAGAGAAUGGUGGUGGAGGGGAAGGCUUGUUGGCUGCUGCGACGAUCUCGAAUGCGAAUGGGAAGGGCAUCACGGGUUCGCCGUUGCCAAGGAGUAAUGCGACUUUGCCGGGUCAGACUGCUACCACUGUUGGAUGA